AUGGACACACUGCUGCCAAUCGUAACAACCAGAGACGCAGGUGACACCAUCUACGCAAGCACACCCAUGCUCAUAACGAGGCCCUUCAUAGAAUACACUGUGGGUAUCUACCAACUUAAUAAUCGACGGACCUGGUGUAUACUCCUACUUCUGGCUAUGGCUCUAACACCAACUCUCAUUCAUGGCUACCGACGCCGCUUUCGUCACGACGGUCAAACCCGGGUAUUGGCCUCUAUCAGUGGGCUAAUUCAUGAGCGGAUGUCCGAACUUCCACUUGUCGCAAAACCACGGUUUCUUGAAAUGCUCGAGGCCAAAAUUACGAAGAGUAUGAAGACGCAUGGAGCUACGGAUGACGCUGUCACUGCCCUUAGCCUCCAAACUUAUCAAGAGGCUUUCGAACUCUAUAUUCAGCAGUGUGCUUACUAUGGUCCGCUACUGGCUAAAAUCAAAUGGCAAUAUGAAACGUUUAUUGACCAACUUCGCCAGGAAAUAAAACGAUUAUUGCCUAUAAAGGUUGUCAAUUGCAUAUAA